AGUGAGUCAUGCGCGGUGGCAGUCUCUGCCCGAGCCGUUCACCUGUGUCCUCAGAGGGUUCCGCAGCGCCCGGCAGCACAGUGGGAUCCCAAAACAAAGGCGGUGGGCUCCCGGAGCCGGCACCGCCGGUUCAGUCCUCCGACCCCGGCUCCGUGGUGGUCCCAGAGCGCGAGGAUAUGCCGGAGGAGUUUGUGGUGACGGCGCUGCUGGCGCCCUCACGCCUCUCGCUGAAGCUGCUGCGCGCCUUGGUGAUGAGCCUGGUGUAUCUGGCUGCCUUGGUGGCCGCCGUUGUCUACAGCUGCAUCGCGCUCACCACCGUGCUGUGCCGCCCCCGCCGGGGCUGCUGCGGCCGCCAGCGGUUGUCAGCGCCAGACUGCCUGAGAGACCCUACACUGGGCGAGCACUGCUUUCUGACCCUUAGGAGUUCGGGCCUACGUCUGCACUAUGUCUCUGCUGGUCGCGGCAACGGGCCCCUCAUGCUAUUUCUGCAUGGCUUCCCAGAGAACUGGUUCUCCUGGCGCUACCAGCUGCGGGAGUUCCAGAGCCGUUUCCAUGUGGUCGCUGUGGACCUGCGUGGUUAUGGCCCCUCAGAUGCUCCAAAGGAUGUGGACUGUUACACCGUUGACCUGCUGUUGGCUGAUAUCAAGGACGUCAUUCUAGGCCUGGGGUACUCCAAGUCCAUCCUUGUGAGCCAUGACUGGGGGGCUGUCCUUGCCUGGAAUUUCUCCAUCUACUUCCCGUCCCUAGUGGAGCGGAUGGUCGUGGUCAGCGGACCUCCUAUGUCGGUGUUCCAAGAAUACUCAACCCGCCACAUCGGCCAGUUAUUCCGAUCAAACUACAUGUUCCUGUUCCAGCUUCCCUGGCUGCCAGAGACGCUCUUGUCUUUGUCGGACUUCCAGAUCCUGAAAGCCGUGCUCACCCACCACAAGACGGGCAUCCCACGUCUGACCCCUUGUGAACUUGAAGCUUUCCUGUAUCACUUCUCGCAACCUGGAGGCCUCACGGGGCCCAUCAACUACUAUCGAAACCUCUUCAGGAACUUCCCGCUGGAGCCCCAAGAACUGUCCACACCCACGCUGCUGCUGUGGGGGGAGAAAGACCACACCUUACAGCAGGGGCUUGUAGGAGCCAUUGGGAGUCAUUUUGUGCCGGGUCGGCUGGAAAGCCACAUCCUGCCAGGCAGUGGGCACUGGAUUCCACAGACUCAUCCUCAGGAGAUGCAUCAGUACAUGUGGGCCUUCUUGCAAGACCUACUGGACUAGUGGCCCCUUGCUCGCCAGCCAACAGGUACAUAAUGUGCAGGAGCACACACCUUCCGUCCUUGUGGACCUGAGAGUCCGUGCAGUGUGUGCACACAGGAUGGACUCCCAGCUCACCCACAGCACAUGACCCCGCUGUUGCACACAAAAGCACCUGUGGGUGCCCUGCCCCACACAUAGCAUGGCUGUUUGACUCUGGUAGCCAAGAAUGCUUCUCCCUUGUGGAGUUAGAAGAUGAGACUGUCUUACCUCUCUUUUCCAAAGCGCCCCUGCCCCAGUGGCUAUAUAAACCACAAAUUCUAACCUU